AUAGUGCAAUAAAAGGAAAGAGUCGGAGUGAAGUUUGACGAUGCCGGUUCCUCGUGCAUGAUUCUUCACUCAACUACAGUUAUCAUUAGUUGGGCAUAGUACACGACAUUCCCAAGACGUUCAUAUAUUGUUAAUUCAAAUAUUGCUUUACACAUUUUGAGAGACAAAAGUAUAUUUUGUUACUAAUUCUCACCACCCACGCUUUUGUGGAUAAAUGAAGUUGUCAAAUGUUGAAAAUAAAAAUCCUAGAUAAAUUCUUACAAAAAGAAAAGGGUUGCAAUUGUGUGCUCCAAUAUGAUAAGGGACUGUCCUAAACUGUUUACAGAAUGAGCAUGUUUAUAUUCAUGGGUGGGAUCCCGGGAUCCGAAGUAAGAACGGUGUCAUGUUGGAGUCACGCGUUUCCCGUUUACCGCUCACAUGAAUCCUGGGACUUGUAGUUCUUAAGGCGCCCGAGCGUGUUGAAUACAAACGGUUUGGAACUACAGAGUGCAACGGUGCAGCGCAGCCGCAGUAUGCUUGAUGGGGUCGAAAAAGCGCAUCCUGAAUGAUUCCCGGACCCCUGUGGUUGUCGACGGAAACGUGAAGAGAUAAACGGUCUCCCGAUUUGUAUUUUCCAGGAAAGAGUGCAGACUUCACAAUGGCAGAGCGAGUGAACAACUUUCCUCCCCUGCCUAAGUUCAUGAGAAUUAAACCAUGCUUUUACCACAACAUUGAGGAAGAAAUUCCUGCUCAGCACCAGCAGCUGGUGCGCAGAGUCUAUAUGCUUUGGAUGAUGUAUUCAGGCACGCUGUGUAUGAAUGUGAUCUCGUGUAUUGCUUGGUGGGCUGGAGGUGGAUAUGCCUCCAACUUUGGCUUCUCUCUGCUCUGGCUCAUCCUCUUCAGCCCCUGUAGUUACACAUGCUGGUUCAGACCACUCUACAAAGCUUUCAGGGCUGAUAGCUCGUUCAACUUCAUGGCCUUCUUCUUCAUCUUCUUCCUCCAGUGUGUUUUGGCCCUCAUCCAGACUAUAGGAAUCUCUGGCUGGGGAACAUGCGGCUGGAUUGCGACAGUGAUGUUUUUCAGCACAAAUGUGGGCUCCGCUAUAGUGAUGCUAAUCACAAGUCUGCUCUUCACUCUGGUGACUGCUUUAAUGGCACUGGUACUCAUUAAGGUGCACAGACUCUACCGUGGCGGAGGUGGGAGUUUGGAGCGCGCUCAGGAAGAAUGGAGCACCGGGAUGUGGAAGAGUGCACCAGUGAGGGAAGCUGGGUUCAACGCUGUUGCUCAUACUGCUCAAGGCCCAAGCUUGCCACAGUACCCGGCAGCAGUGCCAAGCUAUCCCGACAACAGCCACUGGUGAUAGCUGAGAGUGGCCUCUAGAUGGAGACAGAUAGCUGGCCAUGUCUGUGGUGCACAAGAGAGUGUUUCGAAACAUCAUAUCAAUUCACCCUUACAGCAAAAUGCAUAGAUGUUUUGGGGUUUUUUUGAGUGAGAGGACAGAAUUGUUAUAAAAUAAUUUAUCAGAAGAGUUUUGUUAGCAAAGCUCAUUAAAGCCCUACAUUUGUUGUAGAGGUUUAUCUUUAAAAUAUGCCAUUCCAUUUAAACUUUGUUUACAUGUAGUGUAUUAAAGUGAAUGAGACAGAAAUACAAUUUUAUGCUUAAAAGAAAUUUGCUUAGGAAGAUGUACUGUCUUGCAAAUAUGCAACUGGAAACUCAAAAAAAGUGUGAACAGCUUCAGGUUAGCAGUACGUGAAGGGCAUGUGCCUUAUGGACCUUUAUGACUUCUUCUUUUAUGUACUGCCAGAUCUGCAUGCUAGAAAUUGUAGUAUGCUGACAAACAGGGUUUUUUUUUUCUUUUGCAACGAAGGAAAGUCUGCAAACUGCGUGAUUUUGAUCUGUGUUUUAUGCGUUUUCUGGCAGGACAGUUUGUUUUUGAUUCGCUGUGCUUUAUAUCGUCAUGCUCGCCUGCUUCGGCUGCAGUUUCUUGAAAUGCGCCUUACUAUUGCGUGCAGUUUUUGCAUGUGAAAAAUGUCUUGCUUGACUUUCGCCUUACUAAUGCUAUGUUUGUGUUUAACUUGACUUGUGCUUCAGUGAAGCAAUGUGUGGAAAUAUUUCAAAAGAUGUUGGUGCAUAAUCCUCCUCUGUGAUUUCUCACUGUCCGCUGAUGUGCCAUAACACUCGCUUCUUUCCAUUAUUUUGAUACUGGAAAAAAAAAAAAGGUGCACCCAAAGUAGAUAUUGUGUCCUCUGCCUCAGUAUUUCUCAAUUUGUAUAGUUCCAAAGCCACACUGUUUGCUUUUAGUGGUCAGUGCCCUGCCGUGAAAGCACCUUAUCAGUUGUUGCAAUGUUCCAGUCACUUUCACUUUCACCCAGAUAGACUGAAUUUUUGUAUGAAGUGACUGCAGUGUGCUUGCAUGCAGCCUGACAUAGGAUAUAAUUUACUUAUUUCAAAUGAACUGACCUCAUUUAAACUCUAUAAACAGACACACAUCCCAACUGACUGACUGAAAUAUAAACAUUUGCAGACGGAUCAGCAAUUAAGUGGAAAUUUGCAUGUAAAUAUACAGUAGUCAGACUGUUUAAGUGCAGUCUGAUAUUUCAUGUACCAACUCAUUUCACUGUCAUUCCAACAGACAUCUAAACACUGACUAAAAACCAAUGAUUGUGGCUUCUGUGCAGUUUACUGCACAACAUUUCAACUAUGUUUUUUUUGGCUCAAUGAUUUAGUCAAAAAGCCUUUAUGAAGGUGCCUGACUCAUAGUUCUACAAGAAUUAAUUUUUCUUUCCUUGUUACAAAAGUGUCCUUCAUGGCCAACUGCCAAAAUUAGUAUUUUGAUUUUUCUCUGUUAUUUGAUAAGUGACAAAAUUAUGGAUAUGUUGAAGUAACCUUGAAAUAUUGCAACAUUUCAAUAAAUAUUCUUAUUCACA